CCCCCCCCAUCCCGGCAGGCUGCUGGACACGCUGCCUCAGCCUCAGCAAAGUAGAGGAGCUGACAAUGGCGGCUGAGGGGUGUGGGGGGGGAGGAGCAGUCAAGGAGGAGAUGAAUUCAGACUCAUGGCUCCCAGAAAAACCCUGAGAGGAAAGCCAUGGCUGAUGGCCUUCAAGUCACGGUGCCUGACAAGAAGAAGGUGGCCAUGCUGUUUCAGCCUACUGUGCUUCGCUGCCACUUCUCCACAUCCUCCCAUCAGCCUGCAGUCGUGCAGUGGAAGUUCAAGUCUUACUGCCAAGAUCGCAUGGGGGAAUCCUUGGGCAUGGCCUCUCCCCGAGCCCAGCCUCUCAGCAAAAGAAACCUGGAAUGGGACCCCUACUUGGAUUGUUUAGACAGCAGGAGGACUGUUCGAGUGGUAGCUUCAAAACAGGGCUCAACUGUCACCCUGGGGGAUUUCUACAGGGGCAGAGAGAUCACGAUUGUGCAUGAUGCAGAUCUUCAAAUUGGAAAACUCAUGUGGGGAGACAGCGGACUCUAUUACUGUAUUAUCACUACCCCCGAUGACCUGGAGGGCAAAAAUGAGGACUUGGCAGAACUGCUGGUGUUGGGCAGGACAGGGCUGCUUGCUGAUCUCUUGCCCAGUUUUGCUGUGGAGAUUAUGCCAGAGUGGGUGUUUGUUGGCCUGGUGAUCCUGGGAGUCUUCCUCUUCUUCGUCCUGGUGGGAAUCUGCUGGUGCCAGUGCUGCCCUCACAGCUGCUGUUGCUACAUCCGGUGCCCAUGUUGUCCAGAUUCCUGCUGCUGCCCUCAGGCCUUGUAUGAAGCAGGGAAAGCAGCAAAGGCCGGGUACCCUCCCUCUGUCUCCGGUGUCCCCGGCCCUUACUCCAUCCCCUCUGUCCCCUUGGGAGGAGCCCCCUCAUCUGGCAUGCUGAUGGACAAGCCGCAUCCACCUCCCCUGGCACCAAGUGACUCCACUGGAGGAAGCCACAGUGUUCGCAAAGGUUACCGGAUUCAAGCUGACAAAGAGAGAGACUCCAUGAAGGUCCUGUACUACGUCGAGAAGGAGCUGGCUCAGUUUGAUCCAGCCAGAAGGAUGAGAGGCAGAUAUAACAACACCAUCUCUGAACUCAGCUCUCUGCAUGAGGAAGACAGCAAUUUCCGCCAGGCCUACCACCAGAUGAGAAGCAAGCAGUUCCCUGUGUCCGGGGACUUGGAGAGCAAUCCUGACUACUGGUCGGGUGUCAUGGGAGGCAGCAGUGGGGCAAGCCGGGGGCCCUCAGCCAUGGAAUAUAACAAAGAGGAUCGGGAGAGCUUCAGGUACAGCCAGCAGCGCUCCAAGUCCGAGAUGCUGUCCCGGAAGAACUUCGCCGCCGGGGUGCCGGCCGUCUCCAUGGACGAACUGGCCGCCUUCGCCGACUCGUACGGGGCGCGCUCCCGCAGGGCCGACGGCGACAGCCACGAGGCGCGGGGCGGCGGCCGCUUCGAGCGCCCGGAGGCGCGCGCGCUCGGGGGCUUCUUCCAGGACGGCUCGCCCGAGGGCUACUACGGCCGCAGCCGCAGCCGGGAGCCGCUGGGCGACGCGGGCCGCGCCUGGGCCCCCAGCCCCCCGCGCCGGCGGCCCGACGACGCGCCGCUGCCGCGCCUGGUGAGCCGCACGCCGGGCACCGCGCCCAAGUACGAGCACGCGCCCCGCGCCGGCGGCCUGGAGCGCCAGGCCCGGCCCGAGGGCGCCAGCCGCGGCGGCAGCCUCGAGACGCCGUCCCGGCUGAGCGCGCAGCUCGGCCGCCGCAGCGCCUCCUACUACGCCUGGUCGCCGCCCGCCACCUACAAGGCGGCCGCGCCGCAGGACGACGACGACGACGACGACGACGACUCCGCCGACGACGCGCUGCCGCCCUACAGCGAGCGCGAGCUGAGCCGGGGCCCGUCCUACCGCGGCCGCGACCUGCCCUAUCACAGCAACUCGGAGAAGAAGCGGAAGAAGGAGCCCAGCAAGAAGCCCAGUGACUUUCCAACCAGGAUGUCCCUUGUGGUCUGAUGUUUGUUUUCAAGACAUCUCUCUGGGUGACUAGAAAUCAGAAGUGGACUACCGGGACAAGACACAGAUCCAAGAGCCAGCAGGCCCGCCAGGGACCUUCUCUGGCCACCACCUUGGAAGAUUUGCUGAUCUUUGCUUUGGCAAGGGGUGGGGGGCAGCCUUUCAGGGAGGCUGAUUCCAAACCUCAGUGUAUAUCUAACUAGUAUGAGAAACUUAGGAAGAUGACUACGUGUGAGAACAUUCCCACACAUGGAGUGUCUCACUCACUGAGUUCAUCCUGCCUGAUGUUCUUCCUUAGCCGAACCAGGAUUCCUUUUCCAAUUCUGAAAGGGAGUUAGCUCCGGACUGCUAAUCCCUCGAAAAUGCCUCUGCCUACAGUAUGUUCUUCUAUACCUUCUGUGCUGUGCUUAGAGACAGAAGAACUUAAUAGUACUGUUAGAAGAAGGCCUUGUACUGACAACGGAAGAUAGCUUUGGGCAAAAUAUACCUUUUAUCCCCAUUUCCUCCCAGUCACUAGUCAAUGACUAUUGUUACGCACAAAUCAGAAGGCCUUUGGUGAGUUCAGUGACAGUGACCUGCUGGACAAUCAGAGAAAUGACUUCAGUUUGCUGUUCUGAAUGACAGUUCUUGAGUGGCUGGAACAAGACAAAAGAGAGUAUACUUUUUUUUUUUUUUUUUUUUUUUGAGAGUAUACCUUUUUGAAAAGCUGUAUAAGUGGUAUUUUUUUUUCCAUUCUGAGAACACAAACUGCUUUUUUUCUUUCCUCUGUGCACAGUGACAUAUGAGUCUUGGACAUUAAGGGCUCUCCUCAUCCUUCCUUCCCCUGGAUUUUCCACAGGUUGGUGCCACCCAUGGAGCCCCCCUCCCUCUGCACUCUGAUUCAAUUGUCAUCAGGUGCCUUUUAAUAAAGCUUAAAAUACACAUAUAAAAGCAAAGAGGAAGGGGAAAAAAGGAGAAACAGUAACCUAAAAUAAAGAAUGAUGAAAAAGAAGAGAAAAAGAAUAUAUGAUUUCAUUAUGUUCUGAAUGCGGGCCAUGUUCCCCACAAACUCUACUCAGUCUUCUCUGGUUUAGUACUUCAUUUACCAUGAGUUGUUUCUGCCAUUCCAGCUCUGUUAUUCCAGGACACCAGAGAUGUGUGGAGCACGUAUCUCUGCCUCACUAGGCUGCUGCUCUAGAUGCUUUGGGAAAUGAGUGAUAUUGCUCUUAGGAAGGAGGAGCACUUCCUAUUCCCACUCUUGCCAAAAUGAUAGAUUUUACCUAAAUCCCAAAGCUAGAUAUCUCUGGAUUUUGUAAUUUGUAUAGAUUGCAAAAAAUGGCCACAACUACUUCCCUUCUCAUCAAGAGGUGCAGUCUGUUUCUCUACCCCUCGAAUCUGGGAUUGGCUGUGUGAUUUGAUUUGACCAGUGGCCCAAAACAAAUGUAACACAAGCAGAGACUUGAAAAAUUCUCUGGCUAUCCCCACUGCAUGAUGAGGAAAAAAGGCCCAAUAGCCCUUACACCCUGACAGUCUGUCAAGUCUCAGCUGAUUGCAAACACAGGCGUGACCCAGCCAAGACUGACAAAAGAACUGCCUAGCUGAGCCCAGCCCAAACUGCUGAUUCCUACUCAAGGCAUGAGAAGUUGGUGCACCCUUUAAAUGUCUGUUUCUCUUCAAGGAAAAGCUGACCGUUUCUUCUUGUCUGGAUGUUCAGCCCUUACUCCCUGACUCCAUCUAACCUUAGGUGUUAUCACAGUCUCCACUUCCUUUGGCAAACGUUUGCCAGAGCUUUUCAUCCCACACCAUUAUGGUGGGACACAUGGUUGGAUCAAAUCAACGCAGGACAGUGAUGCUUGGCCUCCCAGUACUGGUCAAUUUUCUAUUUUUUAGUCCAUGGGCAACCUAUGAAGGCUUCUUGUUCAACAUCUCCUUGGUCUCCAGAACCACCUGACUGGAGCUGGGCCCUAUUCUCAGAGCACCAUUCCACUGGUAUCCAUUUACUUCAUGGCACUUCUAAAACAGUCCUACGUUUGCAAUGAAAUAAAGAAGUGGCUGGUGAGGAUCAGAAGGAUGAGUUGAUAUCAACUCAUGCUUGGAGGAGACUUGGCCUACCAAAGGACUUUGCAGUGGCUUUGGCCUAAGAGGAACCAGGGACAGUUCAGCCCAGUGCUGGCACUUCCAAGGGCAGGAAGACACAAGCCAUAACCCUGGUGCUGAAUCUUAGACUUGCUGGUGUCCCUGGCCUCUGAGAGCUAGGUCUAGUCUGUUUGGGCCCCAGUUCAGAUGGAAAGGAUGAUUAAACAUCGUCAUUUCUUAGUCACCAGCUUUGGAUUUUAACUUGCUCAGGCAAUUCUGGAGAAUAUUGGGUAGCUUCAGAGGCUAUUCUCUCUUCACACUGAGCACUGUGUCAGGCUUCUCUCCACCAAAGAGCCCCAUAGCACCAGCUGCAGAGACCAGACAUAUUGCUUUUGUUAGCCGAGGGCAUGUAGGAUUUUGGAGAAAGUUAGGGGAGUCAUGGGAAAGAAUUAUUAAAAUUGGAAACCUGCAAUCCCAAAGACAGCAAAAACGAUGGACAGACAAUGCAAUCAAAACCAUGAAGAUAACAGGCUCCUGAAAUAACCUGGGGAUAUAGGACCAGGUUGUCCUCUGUAGGGCUGCAUAAAUCACUCCCCGGAGAGAGAACACUGUUGUUUCUGGGUAUGUGGAUAGAGACAAGACUGGCUAGACAAGCAAAGGCAAAGCUGGCCAUUCUCAGCACCGUGGCUUUUCUCAGUGGGUCUUCUUGUUUCUUCCCCGAGUAGCGUUUCCCACACAGGAAGGGCUUAUACAUAUUAGCUUCCUUCCUAGGCUUUAUUGGGGGUACAAAAUAAGUCCUGUGUAAGAGAUGAUCUCUGUCCAUUGGGACCCUGCAAUUGAAAAGGGGAAAUAAGACAUGCCCAGGAAAGAAGUAGGAGGUUUUAUGCAUAUAAUGUGAAAUACUGCUAUGGAUAAAUUACAACAAACCCAGAGAAUUAAAGUUUUUAAAUUUAAAUGGGUAUAUUUUGAUAUUUAAAUGUUGUGUGUGUGUGUGUGUGUCAGUCCAUUGUAUUUUAAAGAUAAACUCAGUGUUCUGCAAACCAGUAUUAAAAAAUCUGAUUGAAAGAGGUGAAUUAAGAUGGAGAGGGGUACAACGCAGAAGGCCCAGUGGGAUGAUGGCAGGAGCUGCUGUUUGCUUGUGAGUCACAGCUGAGUCAGGGAUAUGUCGUCGGGAAAGUGGAUGCAGGUGGCUGGAGGUAUCCCGCAGAACAGCUUCUUUAGGUGAUACAUAGAUUCACUAGGAAGCUGGGGACAUUUGCCAUGGACCUGAUGAUACAUGUCAGCUGUUCCAUGCAAGCAUGUUCACAGGGGCGCUCUGCCUCUGCUUGACCAGGGCCUCAGUUCUGCAGCCGUGAGUGCUACUGGCCACCCUCCGUAACACACAGAAAGUCUGGCACAGAUAAUGGGCGUCUCAUCUCGCUUCACGUGAUCCUCACUUCUGCACCUGGCAUGGGACUGGGGGUAGAAAGGGGCUGACACUGUAGCCCGAGGCACUCCAUGCUGAAAACACCUAGCCACAUGUCUAAGUAUUUCUAAAUAAUCUGAAAGAUGUCAUAUAGGUCAUCUGACUAGACUUUGGGGAGCGUUUGAGAGAAGCUGAAGUUGCAGGUACUAUUGUAAUCCAAUCCCCCUUUUCUUUAAAGGUGAAGAAAUAAACCAGCAUUGCCAUUAGUGAAGUUACAAAUCUAAUUAGGCUUUUAGAUUUCAAGCCUGAUCCUUUCUGCUGGAUUAGUGUUUCCCCAGAUUGCCUAAACUACAAAUGACUUGAUUGCUGUUGAAAAUGUAUUGUUGGGCCCUUCCUUGGAGAUUGAUUAGGUGGGUUCAGACGUCUUCUUACUCCCUUGGGGCAGGCAGUGGUGAAGCCCCCAGCAGUCUGGCUGUGAUGAUGGGGAUCGGCUUGCCAGCGUCCAGAGGCAGGAGAACUGUGUGAGGCAGAGAGGGAAACUAGGAACACUCCCCAAGAGCCGGUUCUAGAUGUUUCUAAUCCUAGAAUAGUGAUCUGUUGUGACAAUCUUAGAUCUGACAACAAGAAUUAUAGGUAAUUUUCUCAUUCCCUUAAUGUUAUUCUGAGCAAAACUUAGAUCAUGAAUAGAAGGAAAUGGAAAAGGGAAAUGGCAAAUCAUUUUUUGAAGCAUUCAAAUUAUCAGCCUGGCUGGUCAACUCCCCCUUCCACCUUAAGACCCAAAGUGGGGUGGGCAAGAAUAAUAAAAUCAGAUUAGAUGCUGCCAGAAUCUUGCUAGAGUUCAAAACUGACUUACAGGAUGUAGAGAUCCAAAUUCACCAAAAUAGUACCCUGGGUACUUAAAGUCCUAGAGGAAGAGUGCCUAGUUUUUUUGUUUUUUGUUUUUUUCCUGCCAGGAUCCUACCUCCUAGUCACCUGGAACGCUGAUCCAUGGAGCUUUAAGUAAGGAGUUUUACUAUCAGAGUGAGAACGGAGAUAAUGUUGUGCUGUUUUAAGCAGUAUCCCGAGUUUUGGCACUGCCUGAGGGUGAUAAGUUUAAUACUAAUGUAUUUGUGUUAUUUUUAUGGUAUAUCACUGUUUACAGAGCACUUUCACAGGCAUUAUAGCCUUUGAUCCUCCCAACACCCUCCUCCCUCUGUCUGUGUAGGGUUCUUCCCAGACGAUCCUGCAACCCCCCCCAGGACUGGUAUCUGACUGGUCUGCACCUGGUGCAGAGUCCUGGCCCCCGUGCUCACCCACACGCGGCCAGCAGCGGGGAGGCUGUGAAGACUGGCAGUGAGGGCUGCUUCAUGCUGCCCACCCCACUCCUCCACUGCGGCUCUGCACGAGAGCCAGCUUCCCUCAAGGAUGGUUUCUGGUUUCAUUAGCUGUGCUGUGAGGAGAAAAGGCUUGGACAAAAAUAUACUUCAGAUUCCUUCUUGAAGAGGAACUUCUGAGCCAAACUACAAAUUCAUCUAAACUCAGAAUUCUAGGGCUUGGGGGCAACCUGCUUAGAAGUGAACUAUCUGGCACCUCCACUGCAUUUGGGGAUUUUAGGCAGAGCUAGGAGGGACUAGAUGUAGAAGGAGACGAUGCAGCUCUAACAGUUAGAAGCUUUGUUAGAGUUUCUUCCUGGGGCUGGACACAAGCCCAUGUGACCCGACCCAUCUCUUCCGGAAAAACCAAGAGAGACACAAAUAACUUCGCUCUUACCUUGGCUUUAAGGAAAAGCCAGCUUAUUAACAAAGCUAUCAGACACUAUCCCAUGAGAAUUUUCCUUUUGGGAAUAUACAAGAGGGGAAUAGAAGGAAAAACAGGACAAGGGGUCAGAAAUCUGUUGCUUGAGAGUUACCUGCCCAGUUAUUUUGUGCCUUGUCUGUGGCAUCAAAACUAAAAUGUUGUAUCACUGUUGCCCAUGAUUUUUUCAGUGUCAAACAUAUAAAGUGAUUUUGCUUGUAAUGUUUUACUCUAAAUAAAGCAUUUCACCUACA